UUAAGGAUCUCACAACUCGGUUAUACACCUCCUAGAAAUUUCUGCAUUUCUUGUUAUUAUUCGGUUGUUGACCAACGCUGAUCUGUUUUAUUAGGAUCCCAGUCAAAUUUCUAUAUGAGAAACUAAAAUUGAUCUUGUAACACGUGCUUUUUAGAAAUUGGAAAGAAUAUUUCUCCAGCGAAUAAGUAAAUAUACACAUAUACGUAUACUUUGCGCAAAAGGUAAAUUUAAUGUUUUACGUUCGGCGAACGUUACAUUUCGCUGCACAUUUAGCGUGCAGUCAACAUUUCAUAUAUCGUCACCGCAUUCCAAUUUUAUGUAAUAAUAAUAUCGGAGCAUUCCGGAACUCGAGUCGUUUUUUUCACGAGAACGACAGCAAUAUGAAGGAGCUGGGUAAACUGGAAGGAAAAUUGAAACUGAUGUUUACAUGUAAAAAAUGCUCCACGAGAAACAGCAAAUUGAUAUCCAAGUUGGCAUACAAUAAAGGUGUAGUAAUAGUGAGAUGCGAUGGUUGUAAAAACAACCAUCUGAUUGCCGAUAACUUAGGAUGGUUUCCUGAAAUAAGUACUAGGACGAAUAUCGAAGUCAUCAUGGCAAUGAAAGGAGAGACUGUACGAAAGAUAGCAAAUGAUAAGGAGGGAUAUUUUGAAGCUGUCGCAAAUGAAGAAUUCAAGUUACAUCAAAAAGACUCUAGUGAGACGAAAGACUCCAGCAAUGAUAAAAGCGAUGAUAAAAUUAAAAGAGAUGAAAUAACAAAGGAGAGCUAAUAUCUCGCUUGAUGAUUAAAAUAUAUUUGUGGGA